CGCCAAGCAUAAGGUAAAGAAUGGGCAAGGUAAUGUGUACGCACUUUAGUGACGUGCAAACAUACAGAAAAAUGGCGAAUGUGAUGCUAGAAGGGUUUAGAGAAAAUUGAUUAAUUUGCUGUGGAAAUGUUGCAAGACAAAUUGUGAGAACUUACAAAUAUGACAUAAUAUAUGUUGACGUCCAGCUAAUCCAACGAAACAAGAUAAAAAAUGUAAACAAUGGUCUAAAAUAUGUUUGUUAGAUAAACAAUCGGAAUUUCUAUUUCAUGUAGCAGUUACAAUAUAUAUAUGACGUAUAUAAACAAUACAAUGAUGUUUAUUUACAAAAAAUAUCUCGUUUCGUUGGCGUUAUAUACAUGUGAUUGUUUGAUUCUAUACAAUAAAUACAUUAUUGACUUUCAGUGUCUCGUGUCCCGUUUGUAAGAAAGUAUAUCAUAGGACGUGGGCCAUGAAUGAUCAUUAUAAAUUGGUGCAUCUAAGGAAAACUAAUUGCUACUGUGGCUCCUGUUCCCGGUACUUUCUAAAUGGCUACCGUCUUCGUCAGCACGUGGUUAGAGUCCAUCAGAAAGUAGCACCAGAUAAAAAUAAGCUGUGCACCAUAUGCGGACGGGGAUUCUCUGUUAGUAAUGCAUGCAAGCAUAUAUGCUAGUGUACUCUCAUGAUUAUUUCUAAUAUUUGCAUACAAAUGGGAUUCUAUCAAACCAGCUGAGAUCUCACACCGGAGAGAAACCGUGCAACUGUCAAAUUUGUAGUUCAGAGUUCACACAGAAGUAUUCCUUGAAGGUUCACAAGCAGAGUGUACACAAGAUACCUUAAUAGACAUAUCCAAACUUAAAAGAGGCCAUUGUAUGUUUAAACUGUCACAGUCUGAUAAAGAAGAUAGAGAAAUUCAGGGUUGAGUUGACGGAGAAUAUGAAAUUAUUUGAAGAGUCUCAAACAAAUAUUCUUAAUGUCAAUCGAAGCGGUCUUGGUUAUUCGAAAAUCGAAAUCUAUUCAACGAUCGACUCCCAGCCAAUAGAAAUGGAGAUAAAAUCGACCAAUCAGGUGCCGCCGAUCGAAAUUAUGACAGAAGUCAAAAUCGAAUAUGACAGCUCCAAUUCGGAACACGUCCCAUUGGUGGAGAUUCAAAAAAGGAAACCCGUCAAAAAGUCACAGAAUAUAAAGAAGAAUAAGAAAGAAUUAAAAAAUAAGCCUGUCAAGAGAAAUGUGUCGUCGCUACAGAAACAGUACGAGGGUAAAAUUCGGAUAGUCGUACUGAGUCAAGACGAAAUGUUGGAGGAGAGACAAGUUGAGGCCAAGAAGCCGAGUUAUCUGAGACUUCCAUACAAAUGUGAUCUCUGUAUAACGGCUUUCGACCACGAGUUGACUUUGAAGAGUCAUAUAGAGUCUAGACAUAAUAAAUCUGGUGAAUACGAGUGCUGUGUUUGCAAGUCUCACCUCUCCACUAAGAUAUCAUUUGACGAGCAUUACAAGAGACAUUUCAGACGAUACGAAUGUAUUGAAUGCGGUAAGCGAACAAACAACCUGUACCCGCUCCUCAAACACUACAACGACAACCACGGCCUCAUACAGCUGGAGUUCUCGUGUAAGACCUGCGACUACAAAACCGACAAAUACAGGGUGUUCAGAUAUCAUCUGGAGAAACAUCGGCAGAGUAACGUGGAGUGUGACCUGUGCGGGAAGACGUUCGUCAAUAACAACGGACUGAAAACUCAUCUGUACACGGUUCACGGCCAGUCGAGUCGCGUGUACGGCUGUGAUAAGUGCAACAAGGUGUACAAGGCUAAGUCCGGUCUGAGCGCGCACAUCGCGACGCACUCCUCGCCGGUCUACUGCAGGGACUGCGACACGCACUUCAGGACACCGCACGGACUCAGACACCACCUCAAGACUCACUCUAGACACGUGGAGGAUAAUGAUAAGAGGUUCGUGUGCAAAGAUUGUGAUCUGAAGUUCCUAACGCCGAAGUCCCUGAGGGAGCACGUGGAUUGGGUUCACUUGAACGACACGAAAUACGAGUGUGACUGGUGCUCUAAGGUGUUCAAGAAUAAGAACAGCUUGAAGAAACAUUUUCAAUACGUGCACGAAAAGAAAAGACCUCCGAGGAAUAAGAUCUGUGAUCACUGCGGCAGAGCAUUCACUACGCUACAAAUCCUCCGAUCCCAUAUCCACACUCACACGGGCGAGCGGCCGCACCGCUGCGACGUCUGUGGCGCCUCGUUCGCUCACAAGGGGGCGCUUUACACACACAAUAAGUUAUUACAUAAUAAACAAUAG